GCCACGUCAUGUCCAGGACUCGCCACGCUAGGCGGUAACACCAGCCGAACACCACCCACCUCCGACCGUCAUAAUGAUGUAGUCCAGCCUCAUUCAAAACGAAUAGCUAAUCUACCCGGUUGUGUGGCACGGUACUUUGAGGGAAUUACGCCGGACUGACUUUUCCUGUGUGUUGCUUUCUCUGAGUAAGUGGAAUGCUGCUGGACGAGACUCCUCUGUUUGACCCCUCUCUGCUUCAGGAGCUGGACUGGAGUAGCAACACUGUGUCCUUCUCUCCCCCCAUCUCCCCUUCCUGUCCAGGAGAAGGCCUGGUGCUGAGGCCGCUCUGUAUGGCUGACUUCAAUAGAGGACUCUUCAUGGUUUUAUCUCAACUCACCCAGACUGGAGAUGUCACACCGGAGCAGUUCACGAAAAAGUUUGAUCACAUGAAGAAGACAGGAGAUUACUAUGUUGUUGUGGUGGAGGACACCAAUCUGGGGCAGAUUGUUGCCACGGCGACAUUGAUCACAGAGCACAAAUUCAUCCACUCCUGUGCAAAGAGAGGCCGGGUGGAGGAGGUAGUAGUCAGUGAUGUCUGUCGAGGGAAGCAGCUGGGCAAACUGUUAGUUUCAACUCUUACUCUUCUGAGCAAAAAACUGAACUGCUAUAAAAUCACACUGGAAUGUUCUCUCAAAAAUGUGGCUUUCUAUGAAAAGUUUGGCUACAGCGCUUCAAGUGAGACCUACAUGCAGUGUCGAUUUUCCGAAUGAAGACGGCAGCGGAUUUAAACCUGGACUAUAUCUGUAUACACAACAGGUACUCGUAGUAGAUUAGUGACAUUCUUAUCUUUUCGGCUUUUCUGUUCAGGGGUCACCACAGCGGAUCAUCUUGUUUGAUUGGUUUUAAUCUGUUGGAUUCUAGUGGGAGUGGGGUCUGCUUGCAGGGCUUCUUUUUGAGUGCAUUGUCUGUUCUAAUGGUGAAAUUGACCUUAGAGUGGAGCCUGUACUGGAAGCAACCGCUCAGGAGCCCUGAAGGCAAACUCUCUUUUGUUGAGACCUUGUGUAAGAUCUGAGGAGGGGGGGCACAGAGUGAGCCCAGCAGCUGUAUAAAAUUUGAACAUUUAAUAGAUAAUGUGACCUAUCUCUUUUUUAUAUGAAAAUCUAGGGCAAAGUCAUCAAAGGAAAAUGUGUCACUUUGGAAGUUGUGAUUUCUUUUUUUUAUUUAUUGUUUACACUCGGACGGCAUAAGGCUUUUUCUUAAGACAGUUCUUAAGAACUGGCAGAGCUGCAGAGUGACGAGUUCUUGACUGUGCUAUGUCGUUCCUCAACACUCUGUUUAUGUCAAAGACAUUCACCCCUUUGGUAACCAUGGCUACCUCACCAGGGUGGAGGGUGAAAUCUUUCCAAAUAUCUACACAGGCCUGAAUGUCAUUCAUUCCACUUACACAUCUCUGUGACUGUAAUGGAACUAAGGGUUUAUACCAGGGGGAAAUAAUAUACCACAUGAACUAAACAAGUGUGUUAGAAGGAUAUGUAGUUAAUCUGUUGCAAUCAUUACAAGUGAAUCCAUAAAGAACUGAAGGUUUUUUCCUAAUAAAGGAUAACAUCAUCUUUCUAGAAAUGCAAGUAGUUAAUUACUUGGGAUAAUGCAUUUAUUUGGAUUUUAUUCACCAGUCUGUUUGUACACUGCUCUUUCCAAAGACUUGAAGUAUCCGACCAUUGUUACUGAAAUAUGGUGGUUUCAAUGCAUGAAGUUAAAAAGUAAAACUUGAAAUUUCAAUUGAACAAAAGUUUGAGAGAGAUGGAAAUGCAUGGGUUUUAAAGUUUUAUAUUUGGUUGAUAUUCAUAACCACAAUUAGCUGAGAGAAUCUUUGCAAAAUGGGUAAUAAUAAUUUUAUAAGGAAACUUGUUUGUAAACUUUUGUAAAUGUUUUAUAACGCUACUGUGAUCCUGAAGAACUGGGGGAAAAUAUUUAAUCUAAUUUAUUUACAGGUUUGUAAGAGCCGAAAUAAAAUAUUCUAUGAUAUACA